AUGGAGCACCAACAAGUUAAACCUAAUAGGCAGAGCGGCACGGAGCGGUACGUUACGGUGCCACGAGAUACCGUGAGAAAAAGUAUAACUUUCAAACGAAAAGUAACCAGUAAGGAAUUGGAUCUAAAACUUUUUGAUAAAAUUGAAACAACUUUAGAUAGUAAAAGUCCGAUUGAGAGUCCGAAAAUGUUUAAAACCAAUUUACAAGAUAUAAGUUCAACAAGUAUAAUACCGACACUAACGACGGAAAUUCACAAAUUACAACAACUUUAUGUUCCUAACUACACUUAUCAUAGUUUGGACGUGGAUAAAAUAGAUUAUAAUGCUGAUGAAAAUAUAUUCAGUAAAAAUUAUGCUUCUACGAUCCCUGUAAAAAACGAUAUGGAGAGUUUGGGCACAGUAGAAAUUGAAGCUCUUCUUGAUGAUAUUAAACAAAGAGAGAUUGAAAUGCUUGCCGAUCAAGAACAAUCUGUUACUAAUCUUAUAUCAAAUGCUGUAACAGAAACUAAUUUUGUCACAGACUCGUUGAUAAAGCAAUCAAGCAUUUCUCCUGGUUACGCGUUCAAAACUUUUUUAUUUGUUACUUAUCCUAAUAAUCAUUUACUAAGUAAUCGCUUGCAAAAAAGACAAGUGUGUGAUAAAGUCAUGAGAAUCAAAAAUGAGGAGACUUAUGCACAUAAUAUUGAAGAUAAAUUGCAAAAACAGUUAAAGAAGACAUAUUUCAAAGUUAAAGCUAAAUUUUCAAAAACAUACAAUAAAGAAUUGGAAGAUACUAAAGCUACAAUACAGCAAAAAAUUGAGAAAUAUAAAACUAAAGCAACUUCUUGUUUAUCUUUUAAAUCUACAGCAAACACAAAACUUAAAACAAAAGGUAUCAGUAAAUCUACUACUGAGACAAAAUUAGAUAAUAGUAAAUGUUCCACAUCAAGUCAAACAAAACUGACGUUGGAAGAUGAAUUUACAAUGCUUUCAAUAUUAGAACAAUUGUUAGCUAAAUCUCAUGCAAGCAACGUGAGACAUAACAUUAUGUUAACAACACCAAAGGAUUAUAAAAACAAACUUUCAAAGAGGUUGUCUAUCGGCAACCUCAAAUCUCAAUUUAUUCAAGAAAAUAGUACAGACAAGUCUUAUAACGAUGGUGAAGAAAUUCCUGAUGUAGUAGAGUGCGCCAGUAUAGAAAAUGAUACAGACAAUAUGACUGUUACUCGGGGAAUAACGCAACAAGACGACCAUGCUCAAGCUACAGCAGAAGAUGUGAAUUAUCAAGCACUUAGCAACAAGAUUUCUUAUAAUGAUUACGUUAAUGGAUUUAAGUAUUACUUGAACUUUCAAAAAGAUAAUGAUGAUGAAAAAUAUUCAAAUCUUAUACGAUAUCAGGCCCACAAACAUCAUAAUGUAGACGACAUUGGAAAAUUUAUCCUUAAAAAGAUUCCUCAUUUACCAACAACGAGGUUCAGAAGAUAUUAUGUAGAGUCUGAAACUUUAGAAGAUCAAGAUAUCUCUACUAAAAGUGAAGAUUCUUGGUUCAAAAAACAUUUUUUCUUAUUUUUAGAUACAAAUCCCCCAAGGAAAUUUCACACUGCACAGACUGUUUCUCUUAAAGUUCCAGACUUUCAGAAAAAUAUAAGUUCUAAAGGAAGGACGAACGCGCCACCUGAACAAUAUUACACAACUUUUUUGCCCAUGCAGAUAGACGAUUUCAAAAAGUUUUUAAAAGAAAACAAAAUAGACGUAGAGUCUGUCACAGCACCUCUCAUUAUUUCCCUGCCUAGAGGUCUUGGUUUGUGGAAUCGUAACAAAGUUUCAUCCGAGCCGAAAUUAGGUGGUGGAAAUCUGGAUAUCAAAGAAAAAAAUAUCGGCAAUUUAAAAAAAAAAGGUUUUCCCAAUCCAAGACAGAAUUCUCAAAGCUUUCACUCUGUACGAUCCAACUAUCAAAAUCGAAAGAAUAAGUUGCGAUAUGGGGAAAAUUAUGAUGAUUUAUCCGCAAAUAGCAGGUCCAAAUCUGAUUUUUUCCGCAAUGAGGAUAGUGAAGACUUUGGGGUGACAACUAUUGACGCAAAAUACAGGCUAACGAGGAAAAGACAAACUUCGUCAAUAGAUCACGAGGGGGCCAAGCUAUUAAAAAUCAACAGUCGUGAUUACGACGUAAACUUUAAGCCCGAGCCUAAGCAAAGAAGUAAUGUGCUCCGUAUUCGAAAACCUAAGUUUGCUAAACGUAACGCACGCGAAGAAAUAUUUACAGCUAAGGACGUUGCUGCUUUAGAAAUAGUGGUUGAUUUAAUGAAAAAUACUCAAGUUUAUGGCAAGGAUAAGGAGAACUUCAAUUCAUUUUAUAACAACACCGAUCAUAAGUAUGUGCAUAAUUCAUCCUCUUUAAAAGAAAGGCAUGUUACGAAUUCAAUACAAGUUCAGAUAGCUAUUCCUUAUAAUACUGAUGAUAGGAAAAGAUCGUCAGAACCUUUCAGAUUAAGAAAAGUUUUCUCCGCAGUUAUGUCAACUCCUGUUGACUUAGAAUAUCAGAUACAUUCUUUUGAAGAAACUACAACGGUUAGAACAACCAUUUUACAGGAUAUUUUGACUCCAGGGUUAUAUUUAUUAGUUGAAAAUACUAACAUAACCUGCCCUGAAGGCAAUUUUGUCUUAAAACCUAUUAAAAAUUCAAAAUUUGCAGUAAGACAAGUCACUAGUACCAUUGAAAAACUAAAAAGUAAGAUCACAACCUCAGAAAAUGUAGAAAAGGCAUCAUUUAAAAAAGACUUCAUGGAUGCGGUGAACAAAGUAAUAAAGUUUAAUAAAAAUAGUGAAAUUAACAACACCAAUUGUAAAACAAAGCGUAGUAUGAAAACGCAAUUAGAAAGAAAUAGUAAUAGAAAGAAUAGUAGUAAUUUUUCAGAAAUACGUAGACAACCAGAAAGUAAAAGAAAUAUUAAUUGGGAUGGUUUGAAAAGGUUUUUUUGUCAUGAUAGAGUAUAUCACUGUUAUUGUAAAGCCAAUGAAACGAUGUGUCGGCCAUGUGCUGCAUGCGAUGCUAUUAUCUCUGAAUUGUUGUUUGAAUUAAAUAAUUUAGCUUAUUAUAUGAGUCAACAUUGUACAGAAAUACAGACAUAUUUUUGGAUGAACCCGUCAGGUGGGAAAAAACUACGCGAUGUUAUACACCGUAUCGAUAAAACUUUAAGCGAUUAUUAUAGAAGAGUUAAAGGAAAAUGUCAAGGUAGAACUUGUCCAGUGAUUUCGUCUAAUAUAGAUAGACGCAGUUUAAAUCGGCAUAAUAAGGAACUACUACUAAAUAGAUUGAACAAUUUAGCUGAUGAUUUAGAAAAAUCAUUAGAAUAUAAGAUUUUCAACGACAAUGUUAUGGCAUUCGGUAUGAAGACUCAAAAUUCAAAGAAAUCUAAAAACUACACCUAUUAUAUGCAUGGAAGUUUGAGAAAUAUGCAUAAUAAUUUUAUUAACAAUACGGUUAUUUCCACUGCAACCAAAAAAUCCAAUGGGCUUAUAAGCAAAAUCGCCGACCAGUUUGUUUUCAAAAUAGUAUCGAAUAAUAAAAGUCAAAAGGAAAAGCCGCAUUUUUGUAAUGUUACCAAGCCAGAAAUUGGAAAAACUUGUUUGAAAUCAAAGGAGAAAAAUGAACAAGGUUUAUUAGAAAAAAACACGGAGGCGGAUGAUCAAACUAGGGUGUGCGAUAUAUCUGCUACAAUAGACCAUGUUGUGGAUAUGCACGAUAUUAUGCCCAACCAAGAUUUUGAACAGUAUAUUAAGAGUAUGUCAUGUCAACAAUACAAAAGUAUACCAAAUUACAUAUGUGAUGAAAUAUUUGCCAUGAUAGGGGAUACAGUCUCAAUUGAUUGCCAUCAACCAGACUACAAUUCGAAUCAAACGGUCUCUAAUUAUGUUUGGAGCACUGGAAGACAAGAAAUACUUGACCAUGAAAAUAUUUCAAUUAAUGGAUCUAAAGUUUUUUUAAAAGAAGUUGGAAUCCAAAACGCUGGGACGUAUAUUUGUACUAAAGGACAUGCAGUUAUUCGAAGUACUAAAGUAACUAUUAUCAGCAUCCCUUGCAUUAAUAUAGUUUUCACACCUGUCUAUAGAAUUGACGCAGCCUGUUCGUACAAAAUUGACGAUUCUUCCUAUAUAAAACCUAUAGUAGUGAUAUCACUGAACUCGAUACCACACAUAAACUGUAGUUCUGAAUGUAGGAGAAAUUUGUAUUGUUCUUUAGCGAGGUUGCUUGUUAGUAACAUGCCAUCGUUAGCAAUUAUCAAAGUUCUUUUAUCGUUUGAUGGCAUGAGAAUUAACAAAACUUUAUCACCUUUAAUUGGAAUGAAAAGAAAAACUUUUGUAACACAUACAUUAAGAAGAAAAGAUUAUAACGGACAUCGUGAAUUUCAUAAUACCGCCCACAACAUGGAUCCUGGAAAUUUUAACCUAGUUUUACUCUGCCAAGCGGGAUUUUAUCUUUUAUCCAAACAAAAGAUUUGUGUUGUCUGCCCUUCAAAUACAUUUGCAAAGGAAGGUGACAAUAUAUGCAAAAUUUGUCCCUACGGCAGUCUAGCUGCGCCCGGUUCGAAAUCGUGUCACUUACCGCAUCUACGCUCACGUCGAUUUUCAGUAUGA